AUGGGACCUGUGAGGCUUCAGCUCUUGGUCGUCUGCGUGGCAUGCGCCAUCUGCAUGCUCUGUUUUGCCCAGGAUCAGGAGUCAGCUGUCCAUGCUAAGACCGGUGGAGCGGCAGAAUUAGGGUGCAGCCUGUCCCUGCCGACCCCACCCCUCCUCCCACUGCAUGUGGUGGAGUGGGUGCGGCGGGACUUUGAUGUCCCGGUCCUCAUCAAGUUUGGACCGUACGCCCCCCGCGUGCAUCCCAGUUUCGAGCACCGCGUGUCUCUGUCCCGUGACGCCGGCCUGCGGGUGCAGCCGGUGCAGCUGCUGGACGAGGGCUGGUUUGAGUGUCGGAUCCUGCGACUGAACAGAACCACAGCCGGGUCUGUUAAUGGGACCUGGACCUUCCUGUCUGUCUCAGCUCCGCCCAAGUUCACAAAGACCCCACCCCCUGUCAUCCAAGUCAUGCAAGGUGAUUCGCUGGGCCUUACCUGCGCUGCACAAGGCAACCCUCAUCCAACCAUAACCUGGACAAAGGAUGACAUGGCAACGCUGUGUCCCUCUCAUUCCCUCCAGGUGGUGGAUGGCACAUUGACUGUCGGGGCAGUGACCAGGCAGAUGGCGGGCGCGUACAAAUGCCAUGUAUCCAACACCGAGGGGAGCCUGACUCACGCAACUCAGCUCAAGGUCAAAGGUCCUCCAGCCAUCCUCCUUCCCCCGAAGGACACCACGCUGAACAUGUCCCAGAAGGCAGAGCUGCAGUGCCGGGCAGAGGCUUAUCCCCCGAACAUGACGUACGUGUGGUGGAGGCACGGGGAGAACGUCUACCACAUAGACUCACUGAAGUCCCGUGUGAAGAUUCUGGUGGAUGGCACCCUCCUUAUACCCAACCUUAUCCCUGAGGAUUCUGGGAACUACACCUGUAUGCCCACCAACGGGCUGCUGACUCCGCCCACCGCCUCUGCGUACCUCACUGUGAAGCACCCCGCCCAGGUGGUGCAGAUGGCCCAGGUGACUUAUCUUCCAGCAGGUAUGGGGGGCAGGAUCAUCUGCCCCGUGAGAGCUGAUCCCCCCCUCCUCUCUGUCAGCUGGACCAAAGACGAACGAGUCCUGGACCUGAACAUGUUCCCUGGUUGGAUGCUCAUGGCAGACGGGUCCCUUUUCCUGGCAGCAGCCAAUGAGGAUGCAGUCGGGACGUAUUCCUGCACGCCCUACAACAGCUAUGGGACCUUGGGCCCCUCCCCGCCCACACAGGUGGUCCUCCAGGACCCUCCCGUGUUCAGUGUGCACCCCCAGGAGGAGUAUGAACAGGAAGUGGGCACCAAGCUGGUCAUCCCUUGCCAUGCCCAUGGCGACCCCUCCCCCAGCCUCACCUGGGCCAAGUUGGACCGGGCCGCGCGGUCUCCGUACACGGUGGCGGCUAACGGCUCGCUAGUUGUGGAGCCGCUGAGUAAGGACCACCACGGGGUGUGGGAGUGCGUCGCCACCAACCGCGUGGGCAGGGUCACCGCCAGCACCACAGUUUCAGUGCUGGGCACCAGCCCCCAUGCUGUGUCCUCUGUGAUGGUUUAUCCCGGGACAAACCAGGUGAAUGUGUCCUGGGAGCCAGGCUUUAAUGGGGGAUACACUCAGAAAUUCACUGUCUGGAUGAAGCAGACGUUGGAGCCGAAGUCGAAGUGGGUAUCCUUGUCCACCCCCGUCCCCGCCCCGCCCCUGCUGGUGACGGGGCUGCUCCCGGGCACCCAGUACCAGUUCAGCGUCCUGCCCCACAACAGAGUGGGCACUGGGCCCUUCAGCGUGAUGGUCCGCGUCCAAACACUAGUACCUCUAACAGACCUGCCUCCAACUGUUACUAUGACUCCUGAACUGGCACCGCCAAUAUCACUCUCGGCCAACCAGAGCAUGAUUGGGAUUGUUCUGAAGUGGGUACCUCCCCCACCUCAGGGCCCGCCCCUCACUGGCUUCAUCCUCCAAUCGCGGCAGAAAGGGGAGAUAGAGUGGAACAUUCUGGAAGGGGACAUUGGAGCCAAUGACAGUGAAAUACUGCUGCAAGGACUGCAGAAGGACUGCAGCUAUGAGUUACGGAUGCUGUCUCUGAGGGACGGCGUGAUGAGCAUGCCCAGUCAGCCGCUCAACAUCUCCACUGCUGGAAUAGGGGCGCUCCAUGUCAGGCUUCUGGAGGGCGACCCCGAGCCGCACGUGGCUGGCGUUCUGGCCGGUGUGGGUGUGCUGUGUGCGGUGGUGCUCCUGGUGAUGGUUACUGCGUGUUUCCUGAACCGCAACAAACGCCGCCGCCAACGCCGGAAGAAGAGGGAAGAUAUCUCCAGUGCCCUCCAGAAAUGUCCCUCUGACAACAGGUCCGGCGCUCGACCUGACAGCCCUGACAGCGUUCUGAAGAUGAAGGCCUGCCUGCUCAACACCAUCCUUCCCAAAUCCCAUCCUGACCUCUCCUCCUCAGACGACAGCGGCAGCAGGGAGGAUCAGGACCAGGACAAGCAGCUGCUGUCCCAACUCCGCCCCAAGAGCUCUCUGUGGGGGUGUGCAGAGGGCGAAGGCGCCACCGCCCAACCUACCGCCACCCUGGAGUCCAUCUCCCGAGGGCCAGAUGGCCGGUUCGUCGUCCGGCCCUGUAAGGACGGUCCCGACAUCCCAGAAUUCCCUGGGGGCGGCAGGGGCAGCGGCGGUGGCUUUUCCCACUGGGACUGCCGCCGAUCCUGUUCGCUGUGCUCGGAGCGGGACGACCUAGCCGUGGUGCUCGCGGUGGACCUCCCUGACAUCAGCACAUCGUGCUCUGAUUCUGACUCUUGCACGGACUCCAGCGGCUCCAACCCAGCUGGCACUUUCGCCCAGUGGAGCCGGAGGCACUCCAGCCUCCUGCCCCAGGACAGGGCGUGGGACGUGGUGGACGGUGGUGCGCUGGUGACGCAGAUGGAGCGGGAGAAGGAGUCGGGACACCUGAGCAGGUGUCUGACGCUGGUGCGGGAGAGGGAGGCCCUGGAGAGGGAGCUGGAGCACUGUGAGGCGCGGCUCAGCUCACGGGCGUGGCGCAGGGAGACGGGCGGGACGCCCGGGCCCCAGGAGGGCCGCCGUCAGGGUGACCCCCAGCUCAGGGAAAAAGACUGCCAUCCACCUGAUCCCAGAAGAGUGCACCACUCAGGGGCUGAUGCAGCUAGGCCUAAGGGGUCUGACUCUUCCUGUAGCCCAAUGCGCAACACCCACAUUACCUCCGUCUCCAGCUGUGUCCCAGCCCCCCACCUGGAGUCAGGGGCAGGGCCCUACACCUAUGCCUCCCUCCCCACCAAUCCUGAAACCUGA